CAUUCUAGGGGCUCUCAUACAUGCAUUUAAGAAAGAAACUAGCUGAUAAUCGACAGUCAUUCUCUUACAUUAAUUGUUGCUGUUAUUGGAACUACUAACUUAAAUUAAUGCGUUUUUGUAGAGUGCGGUAGUUCAAGAUAAAAAUGUGAAUCGACUGUGAAAUUACAAGAACCGUCUGCAAUCCAUUCAGUGAUUGUGCCAGGAGCGAAGUGUACAGUUGGCAGUUUUUGUUCGUAGCCUCGAUUCAAAGCGAAGCCUUCGGGGCCUCGGAAUAAAAGGAUUGUGGAUUUACAUCUACCUACCUGUUUUACAUUGUUCAGUUCUCACUGAGCUUGGACUUGAUUAUUGUUAGCAUAGAACUCGAUAGCAUGAAAAUUUUAGUUCCGAUCUAAGCUUCUAAGUUUUAUUACCACUCUAAAUCUAUCUUUUUGAGGUUACCUUUAAUCGUCGAAUAGUAAUGAUCAGUAAAGAGUCCUAUUAAAAGAAAACGUUCCAUCAAAACAUUUGAAAAGCAAUAAUAUUCCAAUGCUCAUUGGGGACAAUGUCAUUUAACUCUUUUUCUUUUUCAAACGAGAACUGUUGGCGCGGUGGCAGCGCAACGCAAUUUGCUGAAACGGGGUCGUAGCGGAGUUAUGCGGAGGUUCCUGCUAAUUAAGCUUUUCCGAUGGACUCAUGACGUCAUGCGACAUCACUGAGCAUAGAAGACGCGGUCGGUGUUAGCAGAGACGGUGUUAGUGACGCUGGUUAACCCCAGGGUGCUGGACGGAUACAGGCUCACAGAGUUUGAUGGCGAUAAUCAAGUUUGGCUACAUGCUCGUCGUUGUCACAUUACUCCUGAUGAUAUGGGCCUCUUUGGCGAGAGCAUUAGAAAUACACGUGGACACUGGCCAUCCGCCGUGUCUCUUCCAAGCGCUCUGCACGUGCUCGAAGCCUGCGGGCGACCUGGGCAUAGUUACGUGCAAACACGUACCCAUCCUCAGGGUGCCCGCAGCCGUCAACAGUUCCAAAGUAUUCACGCUACAACUCACGGGGAACAAGAUUAGAGACCUGGAACCACAGUUUUUUCAAACGACAGGUCUCUACAGACUGGCGAUAAACCAGAACCCCUUGGAGAGUGUACACGAGGAAGCGUUCUACGGACUUGAUAAUACAUUAUGGGAACUGGAACUGAAAUACGACAAGUUGACGGCGGUGCCGAGCAGGGCGCUGAGAUAUCUACAGAAAUUGAGGUUGCUGGAUCUGACGGGCAACGAAAUAACGGACAUAUCUGGUGACAACUGGCGAGGUCUGGAGAACACUCUGCACACGCUGGUCCUGGCCGAGAACUCAAUCACCAGCUUACCUCUGGACGCAUUCUCCGGCCUGCCCGUGCUCGAAGUACUCGACCUGCACGGAAACAACUUGGCUGUCAUCGAUAGCGGGGUGUUUAGAGAUGGAAUGAAUAGACUGAAUAAGCUUCUAUUAAGUGAUAACCAACUCUCGUUGAUUCCCUACGAGGAGUUGGCUCCACUCCGCCAGCUGAGAUACCUGGACCUUUCCAACAAUGUGAUCAAACAAGUGCCUCCCACCCAUGAUUUAAACGGAGUUACAUUGUCCUUGGACACUUUAAAAUUGGAUCACAAUCUCAUCGGGACUUUAAUGCCCGGCUCCUUCAAAUACUUUAAUGUAUUGAACUCCACAUCUUUGGAUGGGAAUCCUAUUUACUCCUUGAGGGAAGAUGCGUUCAGAAACGCAAAGAUAAAAUCCCUUUCCCUUCGCGACUGCAGCAUUUCGGAUCUAUCGCCGGCGUCAUUCGCGGGAUUAGAGAACAGCCUGCAAAGUUUGGAUCUCUCUGAGAAUAACCUCACCAUGCUGUCAAAGAUAAUGCUUAAUAAAUUAGAUUCACUUAGAUUGCUGAACUUGAGAGAGAAUAAGGUGGACAGCAAUUUACUCACAACAAACAAUCCAUCGGAGUUUACUCCUACUACUUUCAAUAACUUCCAAUAUAAAUUGUUUUAUUUGGAUAUAAGCGGUUCGUCGUCAUUGGAAACCAGUUUACAGGAUAUAAGGAAAAUGAGAUCAUUGAGAUAUCUCGCUGUAAGUAAAUUAAUUAGAAGGAGUAUCAGCGCUGAAGAUUUUCUCGAAUUCGGUGUGGAGCUUGAAGAUCUAAAAAUAUAUGGAAGUACGAUAAAUAAGAUAGAAGCAAGCGCAUUCCAGUACGUCAGAACGAUCAAGACUUUAGAUUUAUCUGAAAACAACAUUGAUUAUAUCGACCCUUUCGCAUUUGCUGAGCUCCACAGUUUAACAACUCUUAAAAUGGCAAACGGUUUAGAUGACUCGGUCAAAAUACUCCCAUUUGAACCCUUAAAGGCGCUCAUAGAUCUGCAAUACUUAGAUUUAAGUAAUAACAAAAUAAAAAACGUUCCGGAUACAUCUUUUCAUUUCUUAAAUAAGUUGAAAAUGCUUAAUCUGCAAGAUAAUUCGAUAGACCAUUUCUCCAAAGGAACUUUGCAGGGAGACAUACAUAAAUAUUUGGAGAGCGUUUGUUUGUCUCUGAACCAAAUGACUCAAAUAGCGCAACAUACAUUCGUGGACUUGAGAGAACUGCAGGAAGUUUUGAUUGAGGACAAUCAAAUUGAAAACAUUCAGAGACGUGCAUUCACUAGUUUAGAUAACUUGAAAGUUAUCAAACUCAGGGGAAAUAGGAUUAUUGAUAUAACUGAAGAAGCAUUCCAAAAUCUACCCGCUCUGAAGGAAUUGGAUGUAUCGUUUAAUCGGUUGGAAACUUUCAAGUUCUCCAUUUUCGAUCAAGUGGGAUCCGCCACUGCGUUGAAAGUCAAUGCCUCUUACAACCGCAUUACAUCGCUCACAGACUCGAAUGCACCGACAUUCUUUUCAUCUAAUUUUUAUCCACCACCAAAACCUCAAAGUAUGGGAACGGUUACGGUUAAUAUACGAGUAUUGGAUUUCUCUCAUAACAACAUCACAUACAUCGCGCCGUAUUACUUCAGGCAUGCCGAUCUGACACUAUCAGAAUUGUAUCUAUCACAUAACUUGCUUAGAAAUAUAACGAGGGAAGUGUUUGGGUCAAUGCUGAUGCUGCAAUAUCUAGAUUUAUCUCAUAAUCAAAUAUAUCACAUGGAAUACGAUUGCUUUAAGAAAGUUAAAAACCUCCAGAUUGUCGAUCUAUCCCAUAACGACCUUAUUGAAAUGCCGAUAGAAGUUUUCCACGAGAUGUUGGCGUUGACUUCUGUUGAUUUGUCAGACAAUCGUAUCAAGAACUUGGCUGACAACCUCAUUAUAUCCCCGUCAAUUGAAAGAUUGGACUUAUCGAAUAACGAUUUAUCAAGAGUCCCAACUAACUGUCUAUCUCAUGCAGCUGCUGGUAAUUUGGUAGAAUUGGAUCUCAGUGGAAAUACAAUUCCUGCAGUUUCUAUCACAGAUCUGGUCCAAAGAUUCAGGAGCCCCGACCAGGACUACUGGCCCGAGGACCACGACGACUACAACGACGAAUAUAUGUACCACACCGCUAGACGGGAUCACACCAGAGUUUUCCAUCAAAAAAAGCAAUUCCCGCAGAAUAUUUUGUACAAGUCCCUAGCAUGGUUGGAUUUAUCCAAUAAUCACUUGGUCCGUGUCGAGGGCGGAUCAUUCGGUGCGUUACCGAGACUGCGUUGGUUGGACUUGAGUAACAACUCUCCUUUUAACCCAAGCGAGCGUGUCAACACAAUGUUCAAGGGUUUAGAACGAAGAUUAUCUCAUUUAGGUUUGAAGAACGUUAGCUUAGUAUCUAUUCCAUCAAUGGCGUUAUCAAAAUUAAAAAGUUUAGAUCUAUCGUAUAACAAUUUACCUUCGAUAUCACCAGAGACAACAGGCAACUUGACUAGACUAAGAGCUUUAGAUUUAUCUUACAAUGACUUUACAAAAGUACCAGAAGCAACACAUUCGCUGACCAAUCUCCGUUGGCUCUCAUUAUCAGGGAAUCCUAUCACAGCCUUGAGGAAUACCAGUCUUUACGGAGUUUCACCACGUUUGGAAUAUCUGGAUAUAACGCGACUUCGUCUAAAUAUUUUAGAGCACGGUGUAUUGAGUAAAAUGUUUAGUUUGCGUACACUCAAAGUGAAUGUGUAUCCAAGUGUAAGAGAUUUCAACAUACCACAAUUGGUAACAUAUAAUGCUGCAUUAGAAAACCUACAAAUCGAAGUUGACGAUCCACAAAUAGACCUUGGUAAAGAGAUGACCGGGGAUUUGCCCGGCAAGCUGAAUAAUAUAACAUUAACUGGAAGAUCUUUGAAGUUUAUAUCUCAAUAUUUGCUGAGUGGAGUGCAAUCAAAGGUCUUACGACUGACUAUACACAACACUAGCGUCGAGGACAUUUCGAGCGAGGUAUUCUGGAAGCCAGGACGUAUUAAGAACUUGACUUUGGAUCUUAGAUAUAACAGAUUGGCUAGAGUACCUAAUCCAGCUCAAAAGGAAUGGCCUGGCGUACCCAACCAAUUGUUCCUCCAUGAUAUAUUAGUAGCUGGAAAUCCUCUUGCCUGCGAUUGUGGAAUUGGAUGGAUUGAAGCUUGGGAUCGUAAGAGAAGACAAUACCUUUGUGACAGUCCUUCAGACUGUGAAGCGACGCGAGACGAUGUAAGAUUCUCCGUCUGUCCGUUGUACAGCAAUCGAACUUUAAUUGACGUACUAUCAAAGGAAUUAGACUGCAGUUGGAGCCGAGGAUUUUUGUUGUCACCAAAUUUAAUCGUUAUUCUCUGCAUGUCGGUUUUGACAUAUCUUUAUAUCUGAGGACUGUUUUGGCUUCUAGGAAUUUACGAAGAGUUUUAUAGAAUACUGUCAACGGUUUAUACAUUUUGAGAAGUGAUAAGGGAAAAUCAGAGAAGGAUGUUAACAGACUUUAGUAUAUAAUUUCACUUACCAGAUAUGAGUGAGACGUUGAUAGUUAAACUUCGGAUUGUAUCGUUAUAUGGCCUAGUAGCGUUUCUGUAUAAACCAAAAUCUAGUUAGUGUUUUUGAUGGAAUCCUAAGACUACGCGAGAUUCGGUGAUUAUAAAAUUGUACAAUUGGUAUUAGGAAUGGAUAUUAUGAGGGAUAAGAAGCCAAGAAAAUUUGUUAUUGGUUUAAAAAUAAUCGCAUGAUCUUUAGAGAUUCAAUCUAUUUAUGUUAUUGUUGAGAUUUUGCCCCUUUAUCGUGCACUUUUUUGUUCCACUUUAAUAUACAGAGUGUUUUGCUUUUUUCAAUGUUCAAGAUCUACACAUUUUGUGCACUGUCUGGUUUUAACGAUUUUCUUAAUAUUUCGAUCAGAACGCGUAAAGUAAAGACUAAGAUCAAUGUAUUAUAAGUAUCUGGAAGUGCACUUAAUGUCAUGUAGAUAUUGCAUUUAAUUCGAAUUAAGAUUAGUUGAAUUGAAAGCAAUGACUUAAUUAUUAUUCUCUAAGUAGACUGCAUUCGCUCGAAUGAUAUGUGUUCGUCCAUUAUUAAUAUUAACAAUAUAAUUUAUAGAUGUAUUUGUUUGUGUAUUAGGCUUAACUAGUUAUAAUCAUAACGGAUCAAUGUAAAAUAUCCCUAAUAGUUGUUAUUUUGUUUUACCAUAACUAAAUAUUAUACGGCUGUUACGUCUUUUUUCGGUGACGGUAUCGACCAGUUUCAGACCCUGCGGGUCUUUCAAGGCGAGGGUUAAUGCGGUUGUGUGUCGGUCGCGUCGCGCCAGUGCGAGGACCUCCGCAGGGUCUGAAACUGGUCGGUGCCGUCACCGAAAAAAGUAGACUUAACAGCCGUAUUAUAUUUAGUUAUAAAAUGUCUUACAAAAGUUUAUAUAAUUUUAUUGUUUGACACUUUUUAAAAUAUAUUGUCUAUAUAGCUACACCUUUUACCUUUCUCUGUUUGAAUUGGUGUUGUAUUUUUCAAAUCUCUUCUUAUACAAUUACAAAUUAGUUAAGCUAUCGGUAAAAUUUAAAACUUCGUUGUUUUCUUCAAAGUUUAUCUGGUUAUUAAAUUAAAUAAAUAUUUUAUAACAUAUUCGGUAGCUAACGUUCUAUAUUGUAUGCUGUAAUUUGUCUUAUAAAUCUUUGAUAAAUUAGAUUCGACUGAAAAAAAUUCUCUCUGUUUCAAUUUCUUAUAGGUUUCUGUUCUUUAUUUUCUCCUAUAAAUCUUUCUGAAUCAGUAGUUGUAUUGUGUUAGAGUGCACGCUAGAUACGAUAAUUGCACCUACAAUUGAUUGCAUAGAAUUAAUUCUGUAUUUCCAAUAUUUCUGUACAUUUAACGAGUGAAUCAGAUACCUCUUCUUCAGUGGUCCAGUCUGAAUAUAUGGUGUCAGGCCUACAUUAAGUGCCUAUUUCCACUGAGUCCCACCUUCACCCAGUGAUCAGCUUCUUAGCGGAAAAAGGCACUGAGAUAUUUGUUUUCAAUACCAUUCCAUUUUUAAACUAACUAAAAUGUAAACUUUCGUAUUUGUUAAGAUUUAAUAUUGUU